GGAGCUCUGCUUGGGCUCCUUCCACCCUUCCUUCCAGCCGAACGCCCCUCCUAGAUCUCCUGCACCCUGAGCCAUGAAAUCGCUGGUAGCUCUGGCUCUCCUGGGUCAAAUCCUGGGAUGCAUAGCACAGUUAGUGUCCUUGGAAUCUCCAAUCCAGUUUCCUGACUGUGAUAGCCCUGAGGUCGAACAUGUAGCAGCCAUAGCAGUGGACUACAUCAACAGCAAGACUGUUCAUGGAUUUAAGCAAGUCCUUAACAGAAUUGAGAAGGUCAAGGUGUUAAACCGGAGACCACAUGGAAAGAUAUGGUACCUUGAGCUGGACUUAUUGGAGACAACAUGUCAUGUAUUUAGCGCAGUACCCGCUGAAAAUUGUACAGUAAGGUCACUGCACGAUCAUGCUGUUGAAGGGGACUGUGAUGUCAAAAUAAUCAGUAUGGAUGGAGACUACAAGGUGCUCGCCACCCGAUGCCAUUCAUCUCCAGAUUCAGCUGAAGACAUCAAGAAAUUUUGCCCUCGCUGUGGAACAUUGUCGGCCCUGGAUGACGCCGGUGUGGUGAACGCCGCUAACGUGGCACUCUCCAAGUUCAAUGCUGAAAAUACCACGGUUCGCUUCUACCGGCUUCAUGAGAUUUCACGAGGGAAGCAUGUGCCUUUGCCUCUCUCUGUCGUUGUGGAGUUUGCAAUUGUCGCCACCAACUGCUCAACUCAAGAAGCUCUGAACCAUGUGGAAGACUGCCAAGUGGAGUCAGGCGAGAAUGCCCAUUAUGGGUUCUGCGGAGCAACUGUUUCUCAGCGGCCUGUUAUUCCAGACCAGCCUCCUUCUGAAGAUGUCGACGUUCACUGUACUCUCUUUGGUCACCAGGGUGCAGCUUUGCAGGCCCUGCUGGCUCAGCAUCAUUUAAGAAAAGACGUUCUACCUCCUGCAGUUGGCCGCACUGUCCAUAACCUCAUACAUUUUCACAAUAACACGCUUGCCUCACAUGAGUCGAACUCCGCUGAAAAGCUCACAGUAGCAAGCCCAGUGGUCAAACGAGCAGUGGUGGCAAGUGAACCAGGGCCAGUCGGAACAAAGCUGCCAUGUCCAGGAAGGGUACGGCAUUUCAGAACAUAGGACAGCCCUUGAAUGAGAGCCUACGAAACCAUGGGACCCCGCCUGGUUAAUGAAAUGCCUUAUAUAUUCUCCUAAGCCUGAACACAAACACUUGAAUCGAAGAAGACCUUUCUCUGAUAAGUUCCAGCAGAUGUCAAUAGUCUGCAAACAUCUGCUUCCUGUGAUAAGAAGAGCUGUGUAUAUUACACCCCCUGGCUUUGCAAAAGUCCAGAUGCUGGUGCUUACCACAGAUUUAGCACCUUCCAGUUCCUCUGUCAUCUUUAGUUUAACAGUACAUUUCUAGCACCUGUGACUGGAGACAGCAAGCGAAAAACACAGAGACAUUACCUGGAAAAAUCAUAGGAGAAAGAGGAAAGCUAAGUGAGACAUGCGUUAGCCCAGGGAUAGAUCCUGUCCUAUGCAAAGGUUGCCAAAAAAACACCCCACUUCCUUGGGUGGCAGAAGCAGAAUAAAUGGUACAAAUUAAAUAACAAUAUCCUAUUUUGCACACCGUACAAUUUAGGUAACAAAUGCACAACAGAUGGGUGCAGAAUCUGGUAGUGUGUGUGUGUGUUUUAUGGGAAGAAUAUACACAGCAUUGGACAGAAGUGACCAGAAAGACCUAUCAGGGGUAUUCUCUAUGAAAGACCAGGAAAAAAAGAAACAAUGUCCAAAAAUACUAUAUCGUAUCACAGAGCAAUAUUGAGGAAAAAUCUCUUGUCACACUAUGACAACCAAAUGAUGGUGCUUCAAAAAAUAAAACAUUAAAUUCAAA